AUGUCAGGCUUUUGGGCCUCUGUCAAUCUUCUAACAUGGCUCUUGUCGUCCAUGCCGCUUGUCUCGGCCAAUUGGCGCUACAAGUCAAGACCGGACCUGGCACCACCAACCCUCAAUAUCACCAUCCCGGCAACAAAAGAGGUCGAAAGCGGAUAUCUUUUCAUGGCACCGUUCUCCGGAUUUCCGGAAGGUACUCAUCACGGGCCUGCUCAAGCGGCUCCUUAUAUCUUCACCGAUACAGGAGACCUCGUCUGGUCAGGAUUCACCUACUUUUCAAUCUGGAGCACCAAUUUCCAAGCUGCACGUUACAAGGGCAAAGACAUCCUCUUCUGCUUUGAGGGAAGCCAUAACGCAGCAUAUGGUCAUGGUCAUGGCCACACGACAUUCCUCGACCAGCACUACGAGACGAUUCGAGAAUUACGGGCUGGCAAUCAUCGCCUGACAGACAAGCACGAGUUUCACAUCGUCAACGAAGAAACAGGUUUGAUUCAAAUUUACCACCCUGUCCCGUACAAUCUGAGUGCCUAUGGAGGAAGUGACGAGCAGCAAUGGAUCGUUGAUGCUAGAUUUCAAGGUUGGGCUCCUUUGUACGUCCGAUUGUUCCAGCUAACCUUGUCAGAACUUGACAUUGAGACCGGUGCUGUCCUUUUCGAGUGGAGUAGUCUGGAACAUGUCGAUCCAUCAGAGGGCUAUCUUCCACUGAAUCCAGGGCAGGCGGGCGCCGGUUACAACAGCUCCGAUGCCUGGGACUACUUCCAUAUCAACUCCGUGGACAAGGACGAUGAAGGCAACUAUUUGAUCUCGGCUCGUGACGCCAAUGCCGUCUACAAGAUCGACGGCAAGACCGGAGAUAUCAUUUGGCAGCUCUCGGGGAAAUCUUCCAGCUUCAAGAUGGGAGACGAGGUCGAGUUCGCUUUCCAACAUCAUGCACGCUUUCAGGGGCGAUCGGAGAAUGGUACGAAAGAGAUCAUAAGUCUCUACGACAACUCGGCUCAUGGUACCGAGAAUGGCGCAGGGCAUGAGGUCCAUUUCUACAAUAUUUCCCGGGGUAAGAUCAUCGAAGUCGACACUGAAACAUGGGAGGCAACAAUCGUGCAGGCAUUUCACCCGCCAGACAACUUGUUAUCCAAGUCACAAGGCUCGACUCAAUUGCUACCCAAUGGGAACGUUAUGGUCAAUUGGGGCUCUGAAGGUGCCAUGACAGAGUUCAAAUCUGAUGGUACCCCAAUCUUCCAUACCUAUAUGGACUCUGGCUUUUUGGGUGCCGGUGUUGAAAACUACCGUGGCUUCCGUUACAACUGGACUGGCAUUCCAAAUGAGGUGCCAGCUAUCGUUGCUCUUGAAGAUGACAACUCGACCAGUAUCUUUGUUUCUUGGAAUGGAGAUACCCGCACCAAAUCAUGGCGGUUCUAUGAGGUCCAGGGUGAACGUCGAUCAUUCAUUGGUGAAGCCAAGCGUGAGAGCUUCGAGACGGAGCUGAAACUCGACCGGGUCAAUGUCAAAACUGUGCAAGCAGAGGCCUUGGAUGCUGAAGGCGCUGUUCUUGUCGAUACCUCUGCGGUGAAGCCGGAGGUGAUGAUCCACGAGUACAAAGGGGAAGGGAAAUUUCAAAAAGAGAAGACUGGACUGAUCCCAUGGCUUACCUUCAGGGGACAGAAAUUCUUCAAGAGCGAGGACCUUUAA